AUGAUGGGAGGAAAAUCUAGCAAGAAGAAGAAGCCUACUGAUGAGUUUGGUUCACCUUCGACACCUGUACAGAUCAAGAUAAACUCAGCUUACACAGAACAUUUGUCUUCUUACGAAACAGCUUGUAGUGAAGAUCCAAAGCUCGAGUCUUUUGACUCGGCGCUUCACGAACGAACGAAUCGAGUCAUUAGCAAGCUUGCAUCAGGAGUAGAGAUCAAGUCUUUGUCGUUUGAUUCGCUUAGAGAAGUUACGCAAUGUCUUUUAGAUAUGAAUCAAGAUGUUGUUAAAGUUAUAUUGCAGGACAAAGAAGAUAUAUGGAACAAUCAAGACUUGUUUUCACUUGUGAAUUUGUAUUUCGAAAGCACUGCGCAGACUAUGGAUUUCUGUUCUGAGCUCGAGAAUUGUCUUAACCGCGCGAGGAGAAGCCAAGUGAUUAUUCAGUUUGCUGUUAAACAGUUUGAGGAAGAGGCUGAGAUACCGGUAAAUGGGGAUAACGAGAAUCGAAAGUAUGAGAAGACGCUCGAGGAGCUUAAGAGGUUUAAAUUAGCAGGUGAUCCGUUUACGAAUGAGUUCUUUGCUCUUUUCGAUUCGGUACAUAAACAUCAGGUGCUGAUGCUUGAGGAGCUUCAUAAGCUUAAGAGGAAACUUGAUAAGAAACUUAAGAAUAUCAAAACAUGGAGAAGAGUAUCGAAUAUGGUGUUUGUGACUGCGUUUAUCUCUGUGCUUAUCUUCUCGGUGGUUGCAGCCGCUGUGGCUGCACCGCCUGUUGUGGCAGCUAUAGCCGGUGCAUUGGCUGUUCCAGUGGGAUCUGUUGGCAAAUGGUGUAACUCUCUGUGGACUAAAUACGAGAAAGUUGUUAGAGGGCAGAAGGAGAUUAUUACAACGAUUAGAAUCGGGACUUUUAUAUCGGUUAAGGAGAUGGAUAAUAUAAGUGUUCUUGUGCGUAAAGUGGAAGUAGAGAUUGAAUCUUUGUUAAAGAAAGCUGAGUUUGCUGUUACAGAGGAGAAAGUGGUAAGGCUUGCGAUAGAUGAGAUCAAGAAAAAGCUCGAUGUGUUUACUGAAACCAUUGAAGAACUCGGGAAACAUGCGAAUAAGUACUGUAGUGAUGUGACAAAGGCGAGAACUGUGAUUCUGCAGAGGAUAAUCCGAUACCCGACUGGUUCAACUAGCGAAGAAGCUACCUGGUAA